UUGCGCGCCGAGCCCCCGCCCCUAGCUUCGGGCUCGCGCAGCGCCCGUGCCGAGCUGGGUGAGGCGGAGCGGGGCACGGACACCUGCGCCCACCCGGCACCGCUGCGCCCGGAUCCAGCGGCCCGGCCGCGGCCAUGAGCCAGACGGAGCUGUCCACCUGCUCGGCCCCGCAGAGCCAGCGCAUCUUCCAGGAGGCGGUGCGCAAGGGCAACACCAAGGAGCUGCAGUCGCUGCUGCAGAACAUGACGAACUGCGAGUUCAACGUGAACUCGUUCGGGCCCGAGGGGCAGACGGCCCUGCACCAGUCCGUCAUCGACGGCAACCUGGAGCUCGUCAAGCUGCUCGUCAAGUUCGGCGCGGACAUCCGCCUGGCCAACCGCGACGGCUGGAGCGCGCUGCACAUCGCCGCCUUCGGGGGCCACCAGGACAUCGUGCUCUACCUGAUCACCAAGGCCAAGUACUCGGCGGGCAGCCGGUGACGCUGCUCCUUGCUCCAGGCUGGGCUGGCGGGACAGGGGCCGGGGCUGCUCCGCUCGCUCGGGGAGCGGAUAAUGCCCCGGGGCGCACGCACACGGCUCCCCGCCCGGGGCUGCGUCCUGCCCCCUGCCCCACGCUGGGCGCCCUGCGGACUCCAGCCUCGGUCUUCCGCAGGGGCCGCCCUGGGCUGCUCCGGGUGAGGCGGGGGGCAGGCCCCGGCCCUCCGAGAGAUGGGGGACCUCUCCGAGGGGCGGGCUGGGCCCUGCCUCAGCCCCGGCUGCCUCGCCCGGGACAAAGGUGCCUUCCUAGAUCGAGUCCGCUGGCACGAGCUGCGGGCGGCCCCUGCCCAGGUGAGGUUGGCCGGCCGCUCCUCGGUGCAGUGACUGACCCGCCUGGGGCCCCGGCUGCCAGACACGCCGACUCGGGGCGGGCAAUCAGCCGCAUCGCCGGACCCAGGGGAGAGGUGGGGGUUGGGUUGGUUGUUAAUUUUUGUUUAAAUGACAAAGCUGCUUGGACUCCAUGUUUUUUGCAAAGAAAUCUGGGGGCCCACAAAGAUUUUACUGAAAAACCAUUUAACUGCUUUCAAAGGAGUUUUGUCUUUCAAGGGUUUUUUCUCCUACUGUAAUUUUUCUCUUUUUUUUUUCUGCCAUCUACCUCGGCUGCGCUCACAGUAUUCACGGUUUCAGUCAGAGAUCUGGUCAGAUGCUUUAAAAUGCGCUCACAUUUCCCCCUCCCUGAACCUCCCCCCC